AUGAAGACUUUUGGAGGAGGGCCACCGUCCCACGGAGAGCGGGUCACGCCGCACUGGCUGCUCAGGGGCCGCAGCAGGCGAGCCGUCAGCCUGGAUGAAAAGGUGCCGGCGCCUGCCCGGGCGAAGGUGGCCGUGAUCGCCGAGGGCAGAGAGCUCAUCCUGGUGUUGGAGAGGAACCAGCUGCUGGCACCGGGCUACACCGAGACGCACUACGCUGCGGACGGGCAGCCCGUGACGGUGACCCCCAACCACACGCACCACGGGUGCCAUUGGGAGCUGCUCUCCAUUGCCAGGGGCCUGAUAUCGCUGAGCAGCAACGCCAGCUACUACCUAAAACCCCUGGGGACCCCCGAGCCGGGCCACCACGUCAUCCACCGAGCAGAGCACUUGCCAAUCCGAGGUGGGACCUGCGGCCACGGCGACGAUUUUGGGAGCACCAUCGCUGACAUCGCUCGGCUCUUCCAGCCGGUGCAACACCGGGCGAAGAGAGAUGCCUGGAGGACCAUGAAGUACAUGGAGCUCUUCAUCGUUGCUGAUCACACACUGUACAGGAACCAGAACCUCAACCUGGGCCACACCAAGCAGCGCAUCGUGGAGAUCGCAAACUACGUGGACAAGUUUUACAGGUCGCUGAAUAUCAAGGUGGCCCUGAUCGGCCUGGAGGUGUGGACGGAGCGGGACCAGUGUGCUGUCACCAGCGACGCCAACGCCACGCUCUGGUCCUUCCUGCAGUGGAAGAAGGCACUGAGGUCACGCAAGAAGCACGACAACGCCCAGCUGCUGACAGGGAAGACGUUCAGGGGGACAACCAUCGGCAUGGCCCCGCUGGAGGGGAUGUGCAGCGCGGAUAACUCCGGAGGCGUCAGCGUGGACCACUCGGAGCAGCCCAUCGGAGCAGCCGCCACGAUGGCUCACGAAAUCGGCCACAAUUUCGGCAUGAGCCACGACAGGCCCCUGCGCAGACACCCCUUCCCUCGCGUGUUCAGCUCCUGCAGCAAGAGGCAGCUGGAGAACUACUUCCAGAAGGGAGGUGGCAUGUGUCUCUUCAACCUGCCCGACACCAAGGACCUGGUGGUGGGACGGAAAUGUGGCAACGGCUUUCUGGAGGAAGGAGAAGACUGUGACUGCGGGGAGGUGGAGGAGUGCACCAACCCGUGCUGCAAUGCGCACAAUUGCACGCUGAAGGAGGGGGCCCAGUGUGCCCAUGGCGACUGCUGCCAGAGCUGCAAGCUGAAGGUGGCUGGGACCAUCUGCAGGGAAGCAGCGGGAUCCUGUGACCUUCCCGAGUACUGCACGGGCGCCUCGCCCUACUGCCCGGCCAACGUCUAUCUGCUGGACGGCUCAUCCUGUGCCUAUGGCGAGGCUUACUGCAACAACGGCAUGUGCAUGACCCACCACCAGCAGUGCGUCCAGCUCUGGGGACCAGGCGCCUGGCCAGCCCCGGACGCCUGUUUCCAGGACGUGAACAUGGCUGGGAACACCUACGGCAACUGCGGCAAAGACAGCCAAGGGCGCUACGUGAAAUGCGACAAGAGGGAUGCUAUGUGUGGCAAGAUCCAGUGCCAGAGCUCAGCUAAGAAGCCCCAGGGGACCAACACUGUCUCCAUCGACACCACCAUCCGUUUCAACGGGCGGGAGGUGAAGUGCCGGGGCACCUACAUGUACACCGCGAAGGACGACGAAGAAGACCUCUCCGACCCCGGGCUGGUGAUGACGGGGACAAAAUGUGGAGAUGGGAUGGUUUGCAAAGAUCGCCGGUGCCAGAAUGCUUCCCUUUUUGAGCUGGAAAAGUGCGUUUCCCGGUGCAAUGGCCAUGGGGUCUGCAACAGCAACAAGAACUGCCACUGCGAUGCCGGCUGGGCUCCUCCCUACUGCGAGAAGCCGGGCUUGGGUGGCAGCGUGGACAGUGGCCCUGUGCAGCGCGACAAUCAUGAAGCCAUCUUAAUCAGCAUUCUGCUCAUCUUCCUGCUCUUCCUCCCGGCCUUGAUGAUGAUCACUUACUUUUGGUAUCGGCGCGAGAACUCGCUCCUGAAUAAAUGGAUAAAGGAGAUGAGGAGGAGAAGCCAGGAGACAUACAGGAACAAAACCACGAGUCGGAAGUCAACCAGUGGCCAUCCCAAAGCCGCUUUCACCUUGCGGAACAUUUCCACCUCCAGCCACACUAAUAAAGCAACACGGGCUGUGUUCCCCCCCAAACCCAGAGCUCACCAGCCUGGCUCUCAGCCUGUCAACGUUGUCCACCCUCUUCGCCCGGCUCCCCACUCCGUCCCUUCACGCCCAAGAGACCCCAAGCCUGCCAGGCCACCUCCGCCAGUCAGCAAAUCGCCCAUGGUCCCCACCAAAACGGUCGUCUCCCAGGCUAAGCUGCCACCUCCAAAGAAACCUCUUCCCUGCAGCCCUGUGAGGACCCCGCUGAUUGUCCCAAAGCACCAGCCCCCCCGUCGGCCGCUGCCUGGAAGUCCCCUUCUGGCCAAAGAGCUGCCUCCUGCACAUGGACAGACCCUGCUGGUCAUGGUCCCUCCUACCAACUUCAAGGCGUCGGGUGCCAGUGCCAUGAGCCACCCCACGAGGCCAUUAAAACCGAUGCCACCUCAAAGGCCAGUCCCAGCCAUCAAAGUCCAAUCAGCCUCCUUCCUCUUGAAGAAGUGA